AUGGAUUACAGAUCAAAGCCAGCCAAAAAUCCAACGGCUGAUCGGAUGGAUAUGUUCGAGAUCGAGACCAAUGUGAGAAAACUGAUACUGGAACUAGUCCAACCGCUGUUGGAUAAGAUUCAAGUAGAGAAGCAGAAUUUGAUAUAAAUACAAAUAAGGUUAUACAUACGCAUGCCCACAGGCUGGAGAGCUUGGAAGCAGCCUUGUUCGAAGAGAAGGCUAAUGACCAGUUUUCAGAGAUUAGGAAGAAGUUAUAGUAGACAUGCGAAUUGAAGAGCAAAGAUCUAAAGCGGAAAUAGAAGAGUCUAUUGAGGCUCAAAAGAAAGAGUACGAAACAAUGAUGUUUAGCUUCAAUAAUGUUCUCACAGAGUUUGAUGGAGUCAAAGCUACUUGUAGCCUUCUCAAGGAAAACAUGAAGGAGAUGGAGAAGAGACUUAUGGGCGAGAUAGAAGAAACAAACGGAGAGGUCGCCCGAUGUAACAAAAGAACCAAUGAUGCCUUCGAGAAGCUAAACGAUAGGCAAGCUAAACUCGAUGAAGAACUCAAUGAAAGAUUUAAGCAGCUGGAUGUACAAAAGGUCAUGAUUAGCAAGGUUUCCGCUCUACAAGCUGUUACUGCAUUACGAUACAACCAUGUCAAAGAUCUUUGAAUCAACCUUGAAGCUGAUAAAGUUAAUCUGUCUACCUUCCUAGCACACGUUGGCGUCUAUGAAGAGGUCACGAGAAGAAUCAAGGUGGAUCACGAUAAGCUUGCAGAUAGGCUCUCAGCUGCAGAAAACUUUACUGAUAAAUAUGUUCCAAUCUUAUCCCAAAAUGUGGUUUGUGACACAUUAACUCAGAUUGUCAGCUCAAAGGAGCGUAAAUAAGCUGGAAGUUUAUGAACAUAAAGUUUACAUGCAGCUUCAUGAAACUUUACUCAAAGACGAAGGGACUCCCGAUCUCGAGGGUCAUCGAGAUAACCUUUUGAACCAGAUCAGUAAUAAACUAGAGAUUUUAACCAAAAUUAUUAAUGAAAGAAAACUGCUGAUGCCGAAGACAAAGCCUGGGGAGAAACCCAUGGUAACUAAACCUCUUUCUCCUUCUAAAAGGAAGCAGUCUGAAGUGAUCAAAAGAAUUGAGCUAGACGAGCAUGGCGAUCUUAAAAUGAGAGAGUUUAAUAAUUUAGACCCAGAAGAGCAGAAAAAGCAGCAAAAACAAGAGGAUGCAGAACGAGCUAUCAGAGUAAUGGAGGCUGACAAGGGAAAACUCAAUUAUUAUAAGAUUUCAGAGGCUGAACUAGCUGAAGUAGCCAGCAUCGAUUCUAGUAAUGUUGACUAUAUUGAAAUAUUUGGGGAAAGACUUGAUCAAGUCGACCACCAGAUCAAGACCCUCUUCGUUAGGAUGAAUGGCAUCCAUGAGAUCAUUGAGAAGACAGAUAAGAAAUUACAAGAGACAAGCAGAAAGUCUGUAUCUGAGGUCCAAGAGUACUGAUUCACUCUGCAUCACGAGAUGGAAGAACUUCAGACUAAAAUUAAAUAACCAAGCGGACCCUGGAAUUUUCUUGAAUGAGGACAGUGUAAAGAAAUUAAUAAAAUGAAGAUGUAAGUGAGCAGCCCAGAAUAAGGAUGAAGGGAAGAAAUCUUUAAGGAAGAAUCAUCAGAAUUACUCAGUGAUUCUCUCCAAGAAGAUGGAAAAAGAUAAUAUGAGACUUCAUGCUUCAAACUCAAAUCCAGUGUCUUUCCAGAUAGAAACUCCAAAUCCAAGUGCUCGAUCUCGAGGAAAUCUAGAUCUUCCAAUUGCUAAGAGAAGAGAAAGUAGACCUCUAGAAAUUGAUGAAUUCGAUGAUUUCAGUACCAAAAGACCAGAAGGAGAGAGUAUUUUUGCUCAUAGCGGGAUGAAGGAGAGAAAAUAAUACUCCCAGAAGCACAUUACGACAAGAAGACAGUAGCUUCCCUGAAAUAAAGAAACAAUUAUUAAUCCAGGAGAUAAAGCUAAGCCAUAGAAUCCCAAAUGCUAAGAUGAAGAAGGUCUCUCAUAACAGUUUGAUCAGGCAGAGGUUGAGCACAGAACUUUCGAAUAAUUCUGGGCAUAAUAAGAAACUCCAGUUCCAGAAGAUAAAUGGAGUAAGUAAGCUCAGAGAGGAGAUUUAUAAAUAAAAUGUUCGGUAAUGAGCUCCUAAGUAAUCAGUUUUAUCAAAUAUUUAUCACUACAAGAACGGUUCUUAUGAACAACUUCUGAUGACUCCUUAGCUUUAAUAACACCUAUUCGUUAAUAGAACGGACCCCAGGUUCUUCUUGGCAAUAG